CUCCUACGAACGUGCAUUUUGUUCUCGCGUCCGCCAGCCUACGCGAUCUUUCUCUCUCUUGGUUCCCCCGUUCCCCCGCGUGCGUUCUCUCUCUCGCGCGCGAUCUCUCUCGUGGCGACGAGUGGGCGGCCGCCGCCGCCGCCGCCCCCCACGCCCAAGUCGUCGUUGGGCCCUUACCCAGGUGUUUUCGGGGGCCUUCGCCGGCGACGAGCACACAUCAGGUUUCUCGUUGCUUGUUCAGGCUCCGAUUUGUGCUUCAUCAGGAACUAUUGCAGUAUCUAUAGGAGCAUGCUUUGUAGUGGGGCAUCCUCACUAGACAAUAGUGAUGGGUUUGUGUCAGAAAUCUCAAUGUGGCUCAAGAUAUAACCUUCUCGUGUCGAUAGAGUGAGAUUCAUUAUUAGUGGAACCUUCUGGUGUUGGUAUUGCUGGAAGUUGGAAAGUAAGAGCACGUUCAUUUUUCAGUUUGCUGAAGUAAACGAUUUUGGGAUGGGUCUGCCUCAAAUUCAUGUGGUUAAGGAGGAAGAGCCUACUGAAGUGAGUACACCUGUAACCGGUCCUAUCAAUGGCCCCUGCGAUUCGGGUAAACUCUGUGUGGGAAGCUCAAGUAGAAGUUGGUUUCAAGACCCAUCCAUCAGCGAUGUCAAAAGAAAAUUUGCAUCAGGUGCUUCGAAUGGAUUAAAUAGUCAUAUCAGAACCAGACAUUCUGUUGAUGAUCCUGCGGGCUACAAAGGCCUAAAUCCUGAAUCGAGAGAUCCAAGCUAUAGAUCAUGCCCUAAAAUCAGAUCUCCUGUACAGAUGCCUGCAAUGAGGGUUGUUGGGUUUGAUUCAGGAACUGCUGAUUCCACUGGGGGUCCUGAUAUAAUGGUAGCUCACAAAAUGCAUUCAACUUUAGUCAUUGGUAAUUGUGAUUCACCAGUUGAACAUCAUGAAGUUCAGGCAAGGAAAAGGGUGUUGUCACCAUUAACUAAUGUGCUUCCUUCUGGACAGUUCCAUGGUGAUGCGCUGAAUAUUGGUUCUGGUGAUGAAAAAAAUCAGCACCCUCAUCGUGUUAGACAGCUCUCAUAUUCUGGCUUCCAUGACAGUAAAAAGGCUAACACUGGAACUCUUUAUUCCUUUCAGCCAUCUACUAGGCCAGCAUUGAGAUACUCCGAUCGGAGUACAGAGCAGGGGUUCUGUAAGUUUAGUUCUAAUACAUUCACUGAUGGUCCUUUGCUUGAGGGUAGGGAAUUCUUUUCAUGCUUAGAUCAACCAGGAGGUGAAAGGAUUAUGAAUCUUGCAAAGGUGUCUACACCGCCUGCAAGAUUAUCACAUUCUCCUCCACUCACUCUUUCUCCACUUUGUCCAAAAUGGAUGCAUAGAAUGAAGGCUGCAAGAGCUCAGAGGGAUUUGACGAGACAAAUUGAAAAUGAUUUCCUUGGCUUGAAGGAAACGGGAAGAUCAAAUUUUGAUCAUUAUUCAGAAUAUGUUGGUACAAUAAGGAUGAAAGAUAUGCUAGAAGAAACCAGUAUUUUGCAUGAUGGAUUUGAUACAAUGACCCCUAAGAGGAGUUUUCAUAGGAGAUACCAAUGCUUGGGCCCAGAAUCUGCCCCUGUGUCUGCACACAUUGGAUGCAUUAAUAGUUUGAACCUCCUCCCUGUAAGGAGGUCAUUGGUUGGCUCCUUUGAGGAAUCUCUCUUAUCUGGUCGCUAUUCAUGUGGAAAGGACAAUCAGAGUAUUGAUGGUUUUCUGGCUAUUCUUAAUGUGACUGGCGGUAGCUUUUCUCCCCCAACUCAGAAGCUUCCAUUUACAGUGAUCAGCAUUGAUGAAGAUAGCUCUCUGUUGUACUACUCGUCAAUUGAUCUUGCGGGGAGGUUGCCUACAAACAAUAGCAAAGGUCCAAAACUCAAAAGAAGCCUCAGUAACAGUGAUUCACGGUCGACAAAUAGUCGGUUACGCAUCCCUGUGAAAGGCCGCAUACAACUGGUGGUCAGUAAUCCAGAGAAGACACCACUUCAUACCUUCUUCUGUACCUAUGAUUUGAGUGACAUGCCUGCUGGAACCAAGACUUUCAUGCGGCAAAAGAUCACUCUAUCCUCUGCUUCUCCCUCUUAUCCGGCCAGAGAAGGAAGCAAGGCCAGUGAUGUAAAGGUUGAGUCAGUUCAGUGUGGAAGCGAACUUAGAGAGUGCGGUGCUCUAUUUUCUGAAUGUUCAGACAAUGGGCAUGAGUUGGAAAAGGGAGGUUCUGCAGAUAUGGAAUGUUUCUCCAUGGAAUGUGAUGUUAGAGAACCAAAUGAAUAUGCUACUUUGGGGAAUUCAGAAAAUGAUGCUAAUGCGGGUUGCUGCUGCCAAAUAGACUCAUGUCAAGGUGGAAACAAUUCUUUCAGCAGAUCUCCCAAGGUCAAUGAUAUUCCAGCUGGAGGGGUUCUGCGGUAUGCUUUGCACUUACGUUUUCUGAGUCCCUUCUCCAAGAACUCAUCAAAAUCAAGGCAGCCUGGCAAAUUGGAUCUGUCAUCAGAACCGCACACUCGCAGUAGGACUGAGAAAGAGAGAAGAUUUUAUCUUUACAAUGAUAUUAGAGUUGUCUUCCCUCAAAGGCACUCAGACUCUGACGAAGGCGAGCUGCGGGUUGAGCAUGACUUCCCAGCAAAUCCCAAGUAUUUUAACAUAAGCAACUAAGAACUCCUUGCACACUCGUGAAGCUGCAGAUACUUUGUACAUACCAUUUGGUCACUAACUUAUCAAUAUGUACUGCUUAUUGCCAUUGAUGUACAGACUAACCUUCCAAUGAAAUUAUUUAUUUCAUCUA